ACCCUCCCGACCCCCAUCCUCACCCUCCCCAAAAGCAUCAUCCGGCCGAUCCACGCGUCCGACGCAGCGGCCCUCGUCGCAACAGCCAACAGCCCACGCCUGGCGCGGGGUCUGCGCGCGCACUUCCCGUCGCCGUACACGCUGCGCGACGCAGAGGCGUGGAUCGCACGGUGCGCUGUCGAGUCGCCGCGGCGCAGCUUCGCCGUGUGCGAUCCCGCGACGAACGCCGUGUGCGGGGGCGUCAGCCUGCGGGUGCUGGGGGGUGACGAGGCGCGCACGUUCGAGAUCGGAUAUUAUCUGGGUGAGGCGUACUGGGGUGGGGGUGUCAUGAGCGAGGCCGUGGCAGCGUUUGCGCGCUGGGCGUUCGCGGCGGUCCCUGAGGCGGAGUUGCAGCGGCUUGAGGCGGGGGUGUAUAGCUUCAAUCCCGCCAGCGCGAGGGUGCUGGCCAAGGCGGGGUUUGUGUUCGAGGGGUGCAGGCGGGGGGCUGGGUUCAAGCACGGGGAGGCGUUUGACAUUUUGAUGUAUGGCUUGUUGAGACAGGAUCUCGAGUAG